ACUAUAUGUUCUCUUUAUUUUGUAUUAUUUUAAUAUUAAACUUUGUCAUUUUUUACUAAUUAUUAUAAGCUUAAUGACUGCAAAUUAUAUAUAUUGUUAUUUAUAGCGUAGCGGCCACCAUGUUACAUUUGAAACGUAUUGUAUUGUUUGAUUUAAAAUCAAAUGAAGCACGGUUUUUGAGUUGCCUGUUACAUUUAUAGUCUGUGCUAAUUAUUUUUUUACGACCACAGACUGAUGAAAAGAGUACGAAAAUGAGAUAAUAAUAACAGCCAUGAAGCAUAGGAAAUAGAAAACAAACGGUGUUUGAUGUUUUUUUUUUACGGCAUCCCCAUUUUUUUAAGGCCGCGAGCAACGCAAGCUUUGAUAGACAUCAUUAUAAAUAAUAUUUUUAAGUUUAGUUUAUUGUGUUAUACCGACCAACUAUGUCAAACAACGGCACUCGUAAGCGUUCCCUGCCAUCGGCGCCGCGCGGCAAGCCACGGAAGCCUCGCAAGCAGGUCUCUGAAGACGAAGACAGCAACGACUCGGUGACGUCAGAGCCGAGAGAGCAGCAGAGGACGCCGUCGCCGUUGGGGGACGAGCCUACUGUGAAGUUACCCGAGGAGCUCCUGAAGACUUUCUACAAGACUCCCGGAGUGCUGAUGAUCUCCGGCCUCGUUUCUUGGGACCUGACGGCCAAGAAAGAGAACGCGACCGCUCGCACCCAUCCCAACCUGUACACGUUCCAUCGGCUCACAGACCGCAAGUACCGCCUGAUCGUGAGCUCUUGCAGCGCGGGGCACUCCAUCCUCAUUGGUGAAGAUGGUACAGCAUAUACAUUCGGUCGCAACGGCAGCGGUCAGCUAGGCUUUGGGGACACAACCACCCGGAACGUGCCUGAAGCCGUGCCGGCUCUGCAGGGCAUGAACAUCAUCCACGCGGCCGUCGGGCGACACCACUCGCUGUUCGUCACAGACACGGGCACGGUGUACGCAUGCGGUGAAAACAAGAGCGGCCAGUGCGGGUUGGGAAGCAGCUCGCCCCAAGUGCUGAAGCCUACCCGCAUACGAUACACCGGCAAACCAAUCGUCAAGGUGGGGUGUGGGGCGGAGUUCUCCAUGAUCCUGGACUGCAAUGGCGGGCUGCACUCGUUCGGUCUGCCCGAAUACGGGCAGUUGGGCCACAACACCGACGGCAAGUACUUCGUGACGUCGACGAAGCUCUCGUACCACUUCGAGACGGUGCCGAAGCACGUAGCGCUGUUCUUCGAGAAAACGAAGGACGGCCACGUGGUGCCCGUCAAGGACGUCGACAUUGUGGACUUCUCCUGCGGGAACAACCACACCGUUGCCAUAGAUUCAAAGAAGCGCGCAUUCAGCUGGGGCUUCGGCGGCUUCGGGCGUCUCGGUCACGCCGAGCAGAAGGACGAGUCUGUACCACGCCUUAUCAAGUACUUUGAUACCGCGGCGCGCGGCGUGCGCUCUGUGCAUUGUGGCUCCACGUACAGCCUCGCUGUUAAUGAGAUCGGUACCCUAUUUCUAUUCGGGCAGACAAAACGCACCGGAGAGGCGAACAUGUACCCUAAACCCGUUCAGGAUCUUACUGGUUGGAAUAUCCGUAGCAUCGGGACAAGCAACACCUCCAUCGUGAUCGCUGCCGACGACUCCCUCAUCGCCUGGGGGGUGUCCCCGACCUAUGGAGAGCUGGGCACCGGUGAAAUCACCAAGUCAACCGCCAAGCCCAAAGAGGUAACCCGCAUGGAAGGAACCAACGUGACCCAGGUCACCAUGGGGUACUCGCACACCCUGCUGCUCUGCGAUGACUCCACAGACGCGGCCAAACAGAAGCUCGCCACCAUACCUGUCUUUAACCCUUAGAUUCGGUAACUGUAACUCGUGUAAUUUAAGUCUCAAACCCCUGGGGAUGUACCUUUCGGUAACAUUGUUAUAUCUCCAGGUAUAAUGAAUGUUACUUACCUUGACCUUUACACCCGUCUUUAACCGUGACUCCCGUAUAUUUUAAGUCUAUUCAAACCACUGGGAAUAUUGUUAGAUUUACUUACCUUUCAGAUUGGUAACUUCCCAAUACUUUGGGUGUGUUAUCAACCUCUGGGGAUAUACCUUUCGGUAACAUUGUUAUAUCUCCAGGUAUAAUGAAUGUUACUUACCUUGACCUUUACACCCGUCUUUAACCGUGACUCCCGUAUAUUUUAAGUUUAUUCAAACCACUGGGAAUAUUGUUAGAUUUACUUACCUUUCAGAUUGGUAACUUCCCAAUACUUUGGGUGUGUUAUCAACCUCUGGGGAUAUACCUUUCGGUAACAUUGUUAUAUCUCCAGGUAUAAUGAAUGUUACUUACCUUGAACCCUUACACCCGUCGCUAACGGCGACUCCGGUAUAUUUUAAGUCUAUUCAAACCACUGGGUUGUUAGAUUUACUAUAGCUUACCUUUCAGAUAGGUAACUGCCCAAUACUUUAGGUCUGUUAUGAGCCUCUGGGGAGCCUUUCGGUAACAUUGUUAUAUCUCCAGGUAUAACAAUGUUACUUACCUUGAACCCUUACACCCGUCGCUAACGGUGACUUUAAGUCUAUUUCAAACCACUGGGAAUACUGUUAGAUUUACUAUAGCCUAUUUCUGAUUGGUAACUGCCCAAUACUUUAGGGUCUUUUAUGAAUCCCUGUGAAUGUACCUUUCGGUAACACUGUUAAAUCUACAACUUACCUUUACUGGUAACUCCCCAAAUCCCCAAUAUUAUAAGUAUGUUUUUCUCCUACUGGUUAAUACUAUAAUAUAACCCUUACACCAUAACAUACAUACCCUUACAGCAAAUAAUUUAAGUUAUAAGUAUAUUUUUCAGCCCCUAGAUUGUUUACUUUUCGGUAACAUGAUCUACAUUCAUACCCUAUAAGUUACCUUUCAGCGAUAUUACUAAAUCCUUAAUACUUUAUAUAUUUACCUUACGUGUUAUCCACCGACUAUUAAGUCCCAGAUAGACGUUCGAGCAAGUUCGCGAACUUACGGCUCGACGAACUUUUUCGCUCGUGUGUCAGCCUAAUUACGCGUACUUUACAAGCGAAAAAAGUCGAGCUAUAAGUUCGCGUUUUUACUCGCCCGUCUAUCGCCCACUUUAGUCUGCUUUUAACCCCAUGGGAUGUUUUCCUUGCGGUAACGUUAUUAGAUCUACUGAUUACCUUACAAUGAUGUUGAUAACUCCCCACUUUAUGUCUAUUUUACCCUACGUGUUAUCCGCCAACUCUGACCUCUUAGUAAUAUUUUGAGUCGGUUUAACCUGCUGGGUAUCUUGACGUUGACUUUUAGGUAACAUUGUUAGAUAUAAGUGUAAUCCUUCCAGGUGGAUCUAUAUACCGGGUGUUUCCUGUAACAGGAGCAAUAAAUUAAAAUGUAGGCUGUACUCCUCAAACUCACCAACAUUUGUUCAGCAACUUUUAAAAAUAACUUAUGUUUUAAUUUUUAUUACACAUUGAAGUUAAUUCUAAGACGCAAUGUAUUACGAAUUUUGUUACGUUUAAAGCGUGACAAGCAACGUCAAACACACUGAUGUCAGCGUAC